AUGGCAGAUCAGUUGCCACAGCAGGCAUGCGAGCCCAAACCUCGAGGAAAAGUGGCGUACGCCAUUGAUGAUGGCCCUUCCGAUGAAGAAAUGGCCGACGACACUCGCCCUGCGGUGAACUCCCCGACAGCCUCCCCUCCUGCUAAGCGAAUGCGCCGCGAGGAAACGUCGCACGGAGCAGCAGGUUCGGUCCAACCGCAAGCAGGCAAUUACCAUGGUCCUCGCCAACAGAAGGCACAAGACCCCCGUGUUGCAUAUCAGCAUCAGGUCGGCGCUCCUGACAACAGUGGCCCAGAGGUCUCCCGAACCAUGAAUGCACAUACCAGGCCUCUGCACCCACGCCCUGAACAUAUCGACAGUGGCUCGGAGCCAGUGCAUAAUCCCCGUGGGACUUUGCAUCGACCUACCACCCAAGACGAUGCUGCCUCAGACCACGCUGGGGGCUUUCGGUUCAGACCUCCUCAGGCCCAAUACUAUAACGACGUCAACAUGCACGAUGAAGACGAACACAACGCGUAUAUGGAAGACUAUCACCAUCCGGUUCGUAUGGAUAACCAACACCUCCGACUUCCCCCUCAAUUUUCAGGCCAACACCCACGUCAAUAUGGGCCGUCUGGCUUUGGUGGAAGAGGACGUGGCGGCCGCUCCCAAUAUCGAGCAUAUGCUCAUCCAUAUGAGUUUAGUGGGUCCUAUGGGCAAGGCCACGAAGGCUUUGCUGGUUACGGCCAUCAGAGGUUGGGACGUGGGCCAUUGGAAAGUGGUGAUGACUCUGACCGAUUCUCGGAGGGUAAUCCGCUACGUAGACAAUACCCUGGUGAGGGUCAUGGUUUCUGA